GCUCUUCUGAUCAACGAGAAGUUUACAAGAUGGGGCUUGAAAGUACUAUGGUCUGUGUGGACAACAGUGAAUACAUGAGAAAUGGGGACUUCCUGCCCACGAGACUGCAGGCCCAACAGGAUGCCGUCAACAUCGUUUGCCACUCCAAGACCCGCAGCAACCCAGAGAACAAUGUGGGACUCAUCACAAUGGCUAACAACUGUGAGGUGCUGACCACCCUCACCCCAGACACAGGACGCAUCCUCUCCAAACUGCACGCUGUCCAGCCGAGAGGGGAUAUUUGCUUUAGCACUGGCAUCAGAGUGGCCCAUCUGGCCUUGAAGCACAGACAGGGGAAAAACCACAAGAUGAGGAUCAUCGCUUUUGUGGGCAGCCCAGUGGAGGACAGUGAGAAGGAUCUUGUCAAACUGGCAAAGCGUUUGAAAAAAGAGAAGGUCAAUGUGGAUAUCGUGAACUUUGGGGAGGAGGAGGUGAACACGGAGAAGCUGACGGCGUUCAUCAACACGCUGAAUGGGAAGGAGGGCACCGGCUCUCACCUGGUGACGGUCCCCCCGGGCCCCAGCCUGGCCGACGCCCUGCUCUCCUCCCCCAUCCUUGCUGGCGAGGGCGGCACCAUGAUGGGCUUGGGCGCCAGCGACUUCGAGUUUGGGGUGGACCCCAGUGCUGACCCCGAGCUGGCCCUGGCUCUGCGCGUGUCCAUGGAGGAGCAAAGGCAGCGGCAGGAGGAGGAGGCUCGCAGAGUAGCUGCAGCAUCAGCAGCUGAAGUAGGCAUGCCCACCCCCACCGCAGACGAGUCCGAGGAGGCCCUACUGAAGAUGUCCCAGCCUGAGUCAGGAGUAGCAGCUAUGCCAGACUUCAGCAGCAUGACGGAGGAGGAGCAGAUUGCCUAUGCCAUGCAGAUGUCCCUGGCUGGGGGAGAGUUUGGCGAGUCAGCUAUGGACACAAGUGGACCUAUGGACACCACGGAGACCACUAAGGAGGAGGAGGACUACGAUGUGAUGCAGGACCCCGAGUUCCUCCAGAGCGUCCUGGAGAACCUGCCCGGAGUGGAUCCCAACAACGAGGCCAUCCGCAACGCCAUGGGCUCACUGGCCUCACAGACCGGCGGCUCCAAACCUCCCGAGGGCAAGAAAGAUGAGAAGAAGAAAUGAGAGAUGGAGGAAUCAAAAUGGCGGCUGACCCACAGACUAUUUCAACAGGGACGGGGAGGAACAUCUGACCAGACGGGGGACAACGGGGACAAGACCGACAAAGCAAAGACAAGUGUGUUAAUAUACAGACUAAACCAAACCCACGACAGUAUCCAGAAACGGACAGAUCGAUAAAUAACCAGACUCACGGCCGGAUGAAUAGAAACUACAAAAGAAGAACAGGGGGAUGACUGUGUGGUGACCUACAAUAAUAAUAAAUAAUAAAAUACAAAAAAACAUUAAUAUAAAAAGAAAACAAUCCAUUCAUUUUCCUAUCUCUCUUGCUACGAAGCUGAUGUUGCUUAUGCAUCUGAUAUACCUACCUAAGUGUAGUCUAGCCUAAACUGUUAUUGUUUUUAUUUUGUUUUGAUUUUUUUUCUAUUGCAAAUAAAGUGGAGUUGGACUGAA